AUGGCUCCCAAGAUCGCUAUCGUCUUCUACUCCCUCUAUGGCCACAUCCAAAAGCUGGCCGAGGCUGAGCAGAAGGGUAUUGAGGCCGCUGGUGGCAAGGCCGACAUUUAUCAGAUCGACGAGACUCUCUCCGAAGAGAUUCUGACCAAGAUGCACGCCCCUGCCAAGUCCAGCUACCCCGUUUGCCAGCCCAACGACCUUUUGCAGUACGAUGCCGUUCUGUUCGGUAUCCCUACCCGUUACGGUAACUUCCCUGCUCAGUGGAAGACCUUCUGGGAUGCCACUGGCUCUAUCUGGGCCACUGGUGGUUACUGGGGCAAGUACGCUGGUCUCUUCAUCUCCACCGGUACUCUCGGUGGUGGCCAGGAGUCGACUGCCAUCUCCACCAUGAGCACCCUCACUCACCACGGUUUCGUCUACGUUCCUCUGGGCUACAAGCACACCUUUGCCCAGCUAGCCAACCUGGAGGAGAUCCACGGUGGAAGCCCCUGGGGUGCUGGUACCUUUGCUGGUGCCGACGGUUCCCGCCAGCCUACAGCUCUCGAAUUGUCCAUUGCUGAGGCCCAGGGUAAGGCCUUCUACGAGACUGUUGCCAAGGCCCACCAUGGCGAGUCGAAGCCCGAGACCUCGACCCCCGCUGCGGGGGAUGCUGCGAAGAAUACUGCGCAGCCCUCCCAGGAGCAGCAGGGUACCCAGCCUGCAGUGAAAGAGAAGAGCAAUGAAGGACCAUGUGGAUUGCCCAGGAAGUGCAAUGUCAUGUAA